AUGAUGAAGAGGCUGCUCCCACGGCCCCAGAGGCUCUUCUCCCCUUCCCCUGCUUCCUCCGCCCGCCUCUUCUCCUCCUCCGCCCCCCGCAAUGCCACCUGGGGUUUCAUCGGCCUCGGCCAGAUGGGCUACCCCAUGGCCAGGAACCUGAGGGCCAAGAUACCGGCAUCAGACACCCUCCUCGUCUGCGACUCCAACGCAGACACCACCGCCAGGUUCGUCGCAGAGACAGAGAACGUCCAGGUUGCCUCCGGGGCCAAAGAGCUUGCUGAGCAGGCGACCACGGUGGUAACGAGCUUACCGGAGCCCCAGCACGUCAAGAGCGUCUUCCACCUCAUCCUCAAGGACGGCCUCCCCAAACUGGGCCAGGGCCGUCUCUUCAUCGACUGCUCGACCAUCGACCCCAGCUCGUCCCGCGAGGUCGCCGCCGCCGUCCAGUCGACAGGUGCCGGCCGCUUCGUCGACGCCCCCAUGUCCGGCGGUGUCGUCGGUGCCACCGCCGGAACCCUCACCUUCAUGCUCGGUGCCCCCAACGACGUCCCCGGGCUCGUCGAGCGCGCGGAAGCCGCCCUCUUGCUGAUGGGCAAGAAGGUCUGGCACCUCGGUGACCAGGGCGCAGGUCUCUCGGGAAAACUCGCAAACAACUACCUCCUCGCCGUCGCCAACAUAGCCACCGCCGAGGCCAUGAACCUGGGCAUCAGAUGGGGCCUCCAGCCAGCAGUGCUCGGCCAGAUGAUCAACUCGUCCACCGGAAGAUGCUGGUCCAGCGAGGUAAACAACCCGGCUCCCGGAGUGAUCGAGGGCUCCCCCGCAUCCAGGGGCUACACCGGCGGAUUCGGCGUCAGUCUCAUGAAGAAGGACCUCCGUCUGGCCGUCGAGGCUGCCCGGGAGGCUGGCACCGCUCUCGAGCUGGCCGAUGCCGUACAGCAGGUCUACGAGGCCACCGAGCAGGAGCACCGCGGCAAGGACUUUUCUGUAGUCUACCAGUACCUCACCAGCAAGUCAAAAUAG